GGCACAGAGCUGGACGGUGACUCAGACCCCAGGAGCUGCCCAGUGUGGAGCUGAGUGCUCAGGUCUAGACUCAGCUGGGCGAGGGUGCAAGUCACUUCCUGGCUGUGUGACCUUGGCAGCUGGCACUAGAUAGAAACCUACAGGGGUCUCCACAGAGGCCAUCGGGAUGUCGUAUUUUGGGGAGCAUUUUUGGGGCGAGAAAAACCAAGGCUUUGAGGUCUUGUACCACAGCGUGAAGCAGGGGCCCAACUCCACCAAGGAGCUGGCGGACUUCAUCCGGGAGAGAGCCACCAUCGAGGAGACCUACUCGAAGGCGAUGGGGAAACUUUCCAAGCUGGCCAGCAAUGGGACCCCCAUGGGGACCUUCGCGCCGCUCUGGGAGGUCUUCCGCGUCUCCUCGGACAAGCUGGCGCUCUGCCAUCUGGAGCUGACGCGGAAGCUGCAGGACCUGAUCAAGGAUGUGCUCCGCUACGGGGAGGAGCAGCUCAAGGCUCACAAGAAGUGCAAGGAGGAGGCGGUGGGCACCCUGGACGCCGUGCAGGUCCUCGCGGGUGUCAGCCAGCUCCUGCCCAAGUCCCGCGAGAAUUACCUGAACCGUUGCAUGGACCAGGAGCGGCUGCGGAGGGAGAGCACCAACCAGAAGGAGAUGGACAAGGCAGAGACCAAGACCAAGAAGGCGGCGGAGAGCCUGCGGCGCUCGGUGGAGAAGUACAAUUCAGCCCGUGCCGACUUUGAGCAGAAGAUGCUGGACUCGGCUCUGCGCUUCCAAGCCAUGGAGGAGACGCAUCUGCGGCACAUGAAGGCGCUGCUGGGCUCCUACGCCCACUCGGUGGAGGACACCCACGUGCAGAUUGGGCAGGUGCACGAGGAGUUUAAGCAGAACAUAGAGAACGUCACCGUGGAGAUGCUGCUGCGCAAGUUUGCGGAGAGCAAGGGCACGGGCCGGGAGAAGCCUGGCCCUCUGGACUUUGAAGCGUACAGCGCGGCGGCCCUGCAGGAAGCAAUGAAGCGGCUGCGGGGAGCCAAGGCCUUCCGCCUCCCAGGACUGAGCCGGCGGGAGCGGGAGCCGCCGGCAGCUGUAGACUCCCUGGAGCCUGGUUCAGGGACGUGUCCAGAGGUGGAUGAAGAAGGCUUCACUGUCCGGCCUGAUGUGACCCAGAACAGCACAGCUGAGCCCUCCCACUUCUCGUCCAGCGACUCUGACUUUGACGACGAGGAGCCCCGCAAGUUCCACGUACACAUCAAGCCGGCCCCGGCCCGGGCCCCGGCCUGCAGCCCCGAGGCAGCCGCAGCACAGCUCAGAGCCACAGCCGGCAGCCUGAUCCUUCCUCCUGGCCCAGGGGGCACCAUGAAACGCCAUUCUUCACGAGAUGCUGCUGGGAAACCACAGAGGCCUCGAUCUGCCCCGAGGGCCAGCAGCUGUGCGGAGAAGCUGCAGUCGGAUGAGCAGGUCUCCAAGCACCUCUUUGGGCCGCCCCUGGAAGCCGCCUUUGACCACGAAGAUUUUACAGGCUCCAGCAGCCUCGGCUUCACCUCCAGCCCCUCUCCUUUCUCCUCCUCGUCGCCCGAGAACGUGGAGGACUCUGGCCUGGACUCGCCGUCGCACGCGGCGCCUGGCCCCUCCCCGGAUUCCUGGGUCCCCCGCCCGGGCACCCCGCAGAGCCCACCUGGCUGUAGGGCGCCGCCCCCCGAGUCGAGGGGGACACGGCCCCUGCAGCCGUCGGACUCGCCACAGCCCCUCGCGCCGUCCCCGUGCCCCUGGGGGCUGGAGGCUGUGGCUGGAGGAGCCCCGAUGCCUGUACCUGCCGACCGUACCGCCGGCGAGGGCCUGGCCGCCCCAGCCCGGAGAUGCCGCUCCAGGAAGGUGUCCUGCCCCCUCACCGGCAGCAGCGGGGAUCUGUCUCGUUCCCUGAGCCCGUCCCCGCUGGGCUCUUCGGCCCCCAGCAUGGUCCCAGAGCGGCCCAGCUUCUCCUCUCAGACAGCACACGGAGUCUCCCGGGGCCCGAGCCCUGUGGUCCUGGGCUCUCAGGAUGCCCUGCCCGUGGCCACUGCCUUCACGGAGUAUGUCCACGCCUACUUCCGUGGCCACAGCUCCAGCUGCCUGGCUCGAGUAACUGGGGAGCUGACCAUGACCUUCCCUGCCGGCGUCGUGCGUGUGUUCAGCGGGCCCCCACCCCCGCCAGUCCUCAGCUUCCGCCUCGUGCACGCGACCCCCAUUGAGCACUUCCAGCCCAAUACUGAGCUGCUCUUCAGUGACCCCUCCCAGAGCGACCCCGAGACCAAAGACUUCUGGCUCAACAUGGCGGCUCUGACCGAGGCCUUGCAGCGCCAGGCCGAGCAGAACCCGACUGCGUCCUACUACAACGUGGUGCUGCUGCGGUACCAGUUCUCGCGUCCGGGGCCGCAGGCCGUGCCCCUGCAGCUGAGCGCACACUGGCAGUGCGGGGCGGCCCUCACACAGGUCUCGGUGGAGUACAGCUACCGGCCCGGGGCCACGGCCGUGCCCACACCGCUCACCAACGUCCAGAUUCUGCUGCCCGUGGGGGAGCCGGUGACCAACGUCCGCCUGCAGCCGGCCGCCACCUGGAACCUGGAGGAGAAGCGGCUCCUAUGGAAACUUCCAGAUGUGUCCGAGGCAGGCGGCUCUGGCCACCUGUCUGCCAGCUGGGAGCCGUGCUCGGGGCCCAGCAUGCCCAGCCCCGUGGCCGCUCAGUUCACCAGCGAGGGGGCCACUCUGUCGGGCGUGGACCUGGAGCUGGUGGGCAGCGGCUACCGCCUGUCGCUGGUAAAGAGGAGGUUCGCCACAGGGAUGUACCUGGUGAGCUGCUGAGCCUGCAGGGGCCGCCUGCCCUGCCCCUGCUCUGCACUGCGCCCUGGUGCUCGCCGACGGCGCCCUGCCCUCCCCCGGACCCUGGGGACCCCCAGCCCGGCCUCCCCUAAGGCCCCAACCCCAAGGAGAGGAGCCCCACGCCCAGCCUGGCCGAGCCUGAGAUUCACUCCUGCUCAUGCCACAUCCCACACAGGUCCUUGGACUUUUAAUGUUCUUUGAAUAAACACUUUAUUUUCUAAUAAAAUAAAUAACAAGCCUU